UUUGAAUUUGUUACUGCUGAGAGAGAAAGAAGCAACUAGAAACAUGAGCACUUGCUCAUCAACUCCACUGCCGAUUCUGACAUUCACAGAGAAAGCCAAAUCUCUCUCAGAGAUCCAACAAGCCCACGCCUUUAUGCUCAAAACCGGCCUCUCCCGCGACACCUUCUCCGCGAGCAAACUCAUCUCCUUCGCCGUCGCGAACCCAGAACCCAAAACCGUCUCUUACGCUCACUCCAUCCUCAACCGCAUCGAUACCCCCAACGCCUUCACCCACAACUCCCUCAUCAGAGCCUACGCUAACAGCCCCACCCCCGAGAUGGCUCUCACCGCGUUUCGCGAGAUGCUCCUCGGCGGUCCAGUGGCUCCGGAUAAGUACAGCUUCACGUUCGCGUUGAAAGCGUGCGCUGCGUUUCGCGGGGUUGAGGAAGGAAGGCAGCUCCACGGUCUUUUCUUGAAGUCUGGUUUGGAUUCGGAUGUGUUUGUUGAGAAUACGCUUGUUAAUGUCUACGCGAGAAGCGGGUGGUUUGAGGUUGCGCGUAAGGUGCUCGAUGAAAUGCCUGAGAGAGACGUUGUUUCGUGGAACUCGUUGUUGAGUGCUUUUGUGGAGAAGGGUUUGGUGGAGGAAGCGAGGGGGUUGUUUGAUGAGAUGGAGGAGAGGAAUGUUGAGUCUUGGAACUUUAUGGUUUCGUGUUAUGCUGCUGCAGGGUUGGUUGAGGAGGCGAGAGGGGUUUUUGAUGAGAUGCCUGUGAAGGAUUUGGUUUCUUGGAACGCGAUGGUGAGUGGUUAUGCGAGUGCUGGUUGUUACGGAGAAGCGUUGGAGGUUUUUAAUGAGAUGCUUAAGAGUUGUGCCGAGGAGCCUGAUGGUUUUACUUUGGUUAGUGUGUUGUCCGCGUGUGCUAAUCUUGGGUCUUUGAGUCAAGGUGAAUGGGUGCGUGUUUAUAUUGACAAGCAUGGGGUUGAGAUCGAUGGGUUUUUAGCAACGGCUCUUGUGGAUAUGUAUUCGAAGUGCGGGAGGAUUGAUAAGGCUAUUGAAGUGUUUAGAGGUGCUUCGAAGAAAGAUGUGAGUACAUGGAACUCGAUGAUCACGGGUUUGAGCGUCCAUGGGCUUGGGAACGAUGCUUUGGAGAUCUUCUCAGAGAUGGUUUACGAAGGUUUUAAACCGAACGGUAUCACUUUUAUCGCUGUUCUGUCUGCAUGCAAUCAUGUGGGUUUGUUAGACCAAGCUCGCAAACUCUUUGAAACGAUGAGUAGUGUGUACGGGGUUGAGCCGAGUAUUGAACACUAUGGUUGUAUGGUGGAUUUGCUUGGUCGGUUGGGGAGAUUUGAGGAAGCUGAAGAGCUUGUGAACAAGGUUCCACCAGAUGAGGCUUCGGUUCUAUUGGAAUCUCUUCUUGGUGCUUGUAAAAGGUUUGGUCGAACGGAACAAGCGGAGAGUCUGGCGAAUCGGUUACUGGAAUUGAAUCCAGGGGAGACUUCUGGUUAUGUUCAGAUGUCAAACUUGUAUGCUUCUGAUGGAAGAUGGGAUGAGGUUACGGAGGUGAGAAGAAAGAUGAGAGCCGAAAGAGUAAACAAGAAGCCUGGAUGUAGCAUGAUAGAAGUCGAUGGUGUUGUCCAUGAGUUCUUAGCUGGUGAAGGACUAAUAAACGAUUAAAACUCGGUUUCAAGUCAGAAGAACCACUCAACUUUGAAAACCAAGAAACAGGAUGAGCACGAGACAACCCAUAAGAAGAAGAAGAAGAAACAGGUCUCUUUCUUCCCCAUCUCAUCAUCAUUCCAGACAAUCCAAGAAUUUGAAAAAGUUUUUGAGCUUUCUUUUUCUACCGGGGGUUUCUUAGGAUAGACUAUAAAACAAUAUGAUACAAAUGUAAGGGGUAUAUAUCUAGAGAUUACUGUUGUAAUAUGGUUAGGUCGUUGUGUUUAAUAGGCAGAUGGAAUACGUUGUCUUAAUGAGUUAAUGGGUAAAAGCUAGUUGCAGUUUGAAUUAAAAAAAAAAGAGAACCAAAGAAUCCUGUGACCACUUUUGGCCUAAGAAAAGUUUUUGUUUUA